AUGAACAAACAAAUUGCAUUAGUACCAAAACUUAGAGCACGAAGUAGAAAAACAAAGAAAGAAAAGGGAAGUACAAGUGCUUUUUGCACCACAAGCAAAGUGGAGGAGGCAGCAUAUUGGAAGAGAACUUCUAUGAGCCACACCAAGUUCUCAGAUUUCCUUUCUUCAAUUGACUUAGCAAGAUUCUCGCAAAUCGAGAGCCGGAGCUUUGAGUCUGCUCAAGGGGAAUUUUUCGAUGCAAAUGAUGAAUUCUCCAGCAGUUCUUCAAGCGGCUAUUUCACAAAUCGGUGGAGAUCUUUCUUUGAUGGCAACGCUCCACCAAUUCCAAAUUACUUCGGGCGCUUCACGAAUAAAGGAUUCACUACCUUAUCCGAUUUCUUUUUAGCCACUGCCGCCGGCAAUUUUGUGCCCUUCUUUGGAAGUACUCCAACGGGUGCUUUGAAUACGGAGUUUUCAUGGGCUCCAAUGCCGGAUCGUCUGAGUCCUCCACACCCAAGAUUUUUCCUUCCUCUAGCUCCGAUUCCUCUCCUACCCCUCGUCAAUUUUGUUAAUUGUUAA